CCUAUAUGUUUGUGCGGGUCUGUAACAUGCCAUAACCCAUAGCAUGACGGACAUGUAGAGCGUUAUGUUGACAUAGACUCUAACUGCUUAUGUGGGCAGAAGAGCAAAUGGGCCUUUGAAUUUUUUUUUUCAGUGACUCUUUCGCCGGUGCUACCAAACAAGAAAAUACACCAUGCCGGAAAACAAAAGUAUGAAAGAGACGGACAAUGUCCGUGUUGCUGUCCGUUGCCGACCUUUAAAUGACAAGGAGGGUACACAGGGAUGCAAGGAAGUGGUAAAGGUGGACCAGAUGAGAGGUACUCUUACAGUCAACAACCCAAAUGGUACAUCAGGGGAACCUCCAAAGACAUUCACAUUUGACAUUGUUUAUGGGUCAGACUGCAAGCAGCUUGAUGUUUACAAUGAAAUUGCCAGGCCUGUGGUAGACUGCGUCCUUGAAGGAUACAAUGGCACAAUUUUUGCCUAUGGUCAAACAGGCACAGGUAAAACAUUUACCAUGGAGGGGAUCCGAUCCAUUCCAGAAAAGCGAGGUAUCAUCCCAAACUCAUUUGCCCAUGUAUUUGGCCACAUUGCAAAAGCUGAAGAAGAUAUAAGAUUUCUUGUGCGAGUUUCCUAUUUAGAGAUUUACAAUGAAGAAGUACGGGACCUUCUGGGCAAAGAUCAGACGCAGCAUCUAGAGGUCAAAGAGAGACCGGAUGUUGGUGUCUAUGUUAAAGAUCUAUCAGCAUUUGUUGUAAACAAUGCUGAUGAUAUGGAUCGCAUAAUGACAUUGGGAAAUAAGAAUAGGUCUGUAGGGGCAACAAACAUGAACCUUCACAGCUCAAGAUCUCAUGCUAUAUUUACUCUGACCAUAGAGUGUAGCGAAAAAGGAGCAGAUGGACAACAACAUGUCCGCGUUGGCAAGCUGCAUCUUGUUGAUUUGGCAGGUUCUGAACGGCAAGCCAAGACAGGCGCAACAGGUCAGAGGCUGAAGGAGGCAACCAAGAUCAACCUGUCUCUCUCUACAUUGGGCAAUGUAAUCUCCUCUUUGGUGGAUGGCAAAAGCACGCACAUUCCUUAUCGUAAUUCCAAACUGACACGACUUUUGCAGGAUUCAUUAGGUGGAAAUUCCAAAACCUGCAUGAUAGCCAACGUCGGACCAGCUGACUACAACUAUGAUGAGACCAUUAGCACACUGCGCUAUGCCAACCGUGCUAAGAACAUAAAGAACAAAGCUAAGAUUAAUGAAGACCCUAAGGAUGCCCUUCUGCGACAAUUUCAGAAGGAAAUUGAGGAUCUUCGUAAGCAGCUUGAGGAGGGUGUUACUGAUGAAGAAGGAGGGAGUGAAGAAGAAAGUGGUUCAGAGGAAGAAGUGGUUGGAGAAGAUGGUGUGAGAAGAAAAGUGAAAAAAAAGAGAGGGAGUGACACAGAAGGAGAAGGUAAAAAAAAGAUCUCCAAAGAAAAGAUGGUUGAGAUUCAGGCUAAGAUUGAUGCUGAUCGGAAGGCACUAGAAUCAAAGAAGGACAUGGCAGAGGAGGAACGUAACAAGGUCAAAGCUGACCUUGAUAAAAAGGAGAGCGAACUCAGAAAAUUCAAAGAGGAGCAAGAGCAGCUAGAACACAAGCUUGCUGCAAUUCAGCGCAAAAUUAUUGUAGGUGGAGAAAACCUCCUAGAAAAGGCAGAGGAGCAAGAACGGAUGCUACAGGAAAGUGCAAAAGAACUAGAAGAGAGGAAGAAGAAAGAGGAGCUUUUACGCAAGCAACUUCAGGAAAAGGAGCAAGAAAGACUUGACAUUGAAGAGAAAUACUCCAGUCUGCAAGAGGAAGUUGCUGGCAAGACCAAGAAGCUUAAGAAAGUAUGGACCAUGUAUAUGCAGGCUAAGUCAGAGAUGGCAGACAUGCAGCAGGAGCAUCAGAGGGAGAUGGAAGGGCUGCUUGAAAAUGUUCGGCAGCUAAGUCGUGAGCUAAAACUACAAAUGCUGGUUAUUGACAACUUCAUUCCACCAGAGUACCAGGAAAUGAUAGAGCAGCAUGUUCACUGGAAUGAAGAUAUUGGGGAAUGGCAGCUGCGAUGUGUGGCGUACACUGGCAACAACAUGCGUAAACAGUCCCCACAGCCUGAGAAAGAUAAAGACAAGAAUGAUGCAGUAGACCUUUCCCACGUAUACCUGGCCUACACAGCAGAAGGGGCAGAGGAAGCUCUUAGACCCAAGACAUCCAAAUCUUCCAAGUCUGGCCGACCUAAAACUGCUUCGAGGCCUAAGAGCUCCAAAAAGAAAAGCAAGAACAAUGACUUGGAUUCACUGCUUCAGUGACUUCUGGCUUCAGCACUGGCCCUCUGUAUCUUUAAAUCCCUUGCUAUCUGGCACCAGAUGCAUGAAUUCUUCAAUUCUCACUGACUACCUGAGACAUGGUAUAGGCAGACAUUUAGCUUGCUCUAGGAAUCCAUCAGGUUGUAGUGGGAAUCAGAAGCACAGGGAAGUGCUCGUUUACAAGACAGUGUUGGAUGCUGAGAAUGUCUGGUUUGCAUUGCAAUGUUGGCUGUUUGCAGAUGCUAAAUUUGUGAAACAUCUCCUGGGCUUUCUCUCUUGGAAUGCAUUGAUUUAUCCAUUCCUUUAUUCAUGGUAAUUUCAAGUUGCACACAUGCUUUUGGAAAUUAAUGUUACAAAAAGUUAUACUGUCAUAUAUUUAUUAGUUAGAUAUUCCACUGGAUGGAAGUCAAUAUGGAACUAACUGGUCACAUGUAUUAAACUAAUCUUGACUAGGCUGCCAGCGCAUUGUGUCUCAUUUUGCCAUGCAUUCAUGCCCAUUACCAUUUUAAAUCUAGGAGCGUGUAUAUGUAUGUAACAAAAAUCUCACUGAUGCUUGUGUCAUGCAGGCCUACUCUUAAUUUGUCAAGAGAUACUGAAAAUGGAAGAGAAUAUAUUUGAUGGUAAUACAUCAGCAAAUAAAAUAUUGUUCAAGAUCUGAAGACACAUAUCUCACUUUGCUGCUAACAUGCUACUAUACAAUUCCUUUUUAUUAACUCUUAUUCAGCAAAACUAAUAGUUUAAAUUUUUUAAAUGUUUGUUGAUAACAACAUUUUACUAAGAGUCGUGAUCAACAGUUUAAAACAAUAAACAUUGAUAAAUUAAAUAAUGAUGAUAAUAAGAUGGGUAAAUACAAGAUAUUCCAACAGGCUGAAUUUGUUAAAUAAGCUACAUACUGUAACAAAUCAAUAUUAACUGAAGUAAAAACACCUUACACCUUUUUCUUUCCUGUUCUCUUCUACCCUCCUUCUCAAACAUUCACAUAUGCAUACACACACUGUUUCAGUGUUUGUUAUACCUUAAAAGUUGCAAAAGCUAAAGAAGUUUUGCCUAUGAAAAUUCUGCAUGUGCUGGCACAGCAAAGCAUCGAAGUGCAUUUCUGUGUAGAUGUGCAAGUGUGUGUGAUAUUCGACGCUUGCCUGUUUUGAAUGUGAUUGUAAACCCUGCUCCUUUCUGCCCCAAGUUGCUCAUGACAGCAGUUGGUCAGCUUACAGCAGCACCACAUUCUCAAAUAAGUGCUUUGCUUUGAAAUAAAAUUUGUUGAGCAACAGCACUACUACAUGGUUAUUAUAUAUAUAAAGAAAAUUAUUACAGCUGUGAUUACAAUCUUAUUUUCUGAAAUUGUACAUUAUAGUGAAAAAAAUACAACACUGUAUUGAGUGUUUAUAUACAUUUGUUCUUUAUCCUCCAUGAUCAAAUAGGUGUUCUCGAGGUAUGUGAAAAAAAAAAAACAACUCAAGCCUUUUUGACUGUGGAUGAAUGAUUUAAAAAAAAAAAUUGGAGCAUUAUGCCAUAGCUCAUCUAAUAAGAGGGUUUAGUUGUACCUCAAAGGUUGCGCUAAUUUAUUAUCGAAGGUAAUUUAAGUUUUGUGCUUAACAUAGUUGUGAUAUGCAAAAAUCUCCAUUUAUUAUAAAGCAGAUCCAUUUUUUAAAAUAGUCACUUUCUUUGUUAGCUUAUCUUUUUGUGGAUUAAAUCCACAAGAAGAAGAAGAGCAAAAUAGUCAAUGGACUGAUUUGCUAAGACAGUUCUUAUAACUGAAAGUCAUCUUCUAGUUAGGCAACCUAAUCAGUGCAAAGUAUCUAAGAUUGCAGGAAGUCAUCUGUUUCACUUCAUACUCAUAAGUUUUAGAAUGACAACACCAUUUCAAAAUGUUCUACUGCUGCCCUGCCUAUAAAACAGAAGGUAUUUAAUUGUAUAAUGCUGUGAACUUGCUAUUUUAUUAGAAAAGACAACUCCACAAUUCAGCUGAUUGUAUGACUUAGCUCCCUUAGACUACUAGAUGGAUAAGGCCACUAUCAAUGUACUUUAAUUUCCUCUGAUCAUUGUUGAUAAUAGAUUCAGAAGUCGAUUUUAAACAAUUCUGGUAUUACAAAAUCAAACUUAGUAUUUGAAUGUCUAUUUACAGCUCACAUUUUAAUCUUCUGCGAGGUUUUAAUAGUUACCAUCUGCUUUGUUUUUCUGUCCAGAUUAUUGAUAACUGUUAAUAAUUAUCCCUUUUUUUUAAAAAAAAAAAAUGAGCAUUUUUUUAUGCUGUAUUUUGAUUUGUUAUUUUUCUUUUGACAUACAACCAUGGUUUUUAGAGUUGUUAAGAGAAUUUAUUAGCUACGAUAAAAAUUAUUACGCAUAUUUUGCAUUUUUUGUGUUUUGAAGACUAAAAACCCACCCAAAAACUGAGUUGUGAAAGGCUUUGACAGCAUGGCAUUUGUAUGUAAUGCCACAUUAUUCAUUUAAUGUAUGUGAACAGGAUGUCAUUUGGAUUGUGAUUGUGAUACCUGCAUUUGUCAUCAACUGUAAAUUUUCAUUUGGUGUUGCAAUCUCAGAUUGCUCUUUACUCCCUUAUAAGUCAUCACCUUUUACACCUAUAUGAUUCUCUCCCUCUUAUUUUCAAAGUAGCAAUUGGUGUAGAGAAAAGUAAGCACACAUGAGACAGAUGUUAAUGUUCAGAGCUGGAGAUUUUUUUUUUAAGAAGCUGCUGACAGCAAAGUUAAAAAAUUAAAAUUUAAAGCUGUAAAUCAAAAUCUCAUUUAGUUGUCAGCUGUACAGUUUCAAAAUUGUUGUGUACUGCACCUUAAUACCUGUUAAAGCUGUGGGACAUAGCUUCUGGGCUUAUGUAUAUUUGUUGGUGUCUGUUGGUGAACCAAUAAAUCAGACAAUUACUUCCUAAUUGUAGCCUGUUUGGUGCAUAAUAAAAGGUUGAGUCUGUAAAAUAUGUCUGUAUCAAGUAAUAUCAAAAAAAAAUGGAUAGCAUGAUGAUGCACAGACAGAAAUAUGACAAUUUUGUUAGUCUGAAUAAAAAUGAAGAAACACCCCUGGCAAGCGAAUCAUUGGUGUGCAUUGAGUGUCCGUUUUUUGUGCACAAUUCUUGUGACCAAGAGGAUGAAAAAAGAAUUAUUAAUUAUUGAGUACUAUUUAUAUUUAUAAAUACAACUUUAUUUAUCCACAAGGACAAUUUAACUGUUAUGUGAAUAUAGAAAUGAGAGCUGGGGUGGUGUGUGUGUUUGCACAUGAUGCAUUGAUUGUACACAUUGUCUUGUACAUGUGAAUGAGUUGGAUAUCUAAGUUUGUGCAUGUGCAUGUAGAAUGUCUUAAUGGUGGCAUUCUUUCAUCUGCCUACAGGUGAAUCUCAUUUUGAUCUUUUUUAUAUGAUGAUAAUUUGAGGUUAAGUUACCAGUUGUGGAGUUUGAGAGUUGUGUUCAGUUAUUGAUAUAUAUUUAGAAGCUGACUGGAAGGUAAAAGUUCUCUAAACAGUUACCAAAAAAGUUUUAUAUAGCAAGAUUUAAUACAAAUGUGUAACUGGCACCAUUUUGUGCUUGCACUGAAAACGUUCACAAAAUUUUGUAUAUGAAGGUAAGACAUUCUUUGUAGACUGCGUAUUUAAAGCAUAUUAAUUUGUAUCAUUUUCUGUUGAACAUAUGCAGAAUGCAUUAUAAGUGUAAUACUCAGCAGUAUUUGAAAUAACCUAAGUACUUAUAGUAAAUGGUACUGAAUUUUGGACAGAAAUCCAUCCGCUAUUGUAGCUGAUUGAGAAUGUUACAGCCCACCUGCAUUUGUCCAGCAUUGCAACUAGUGUUAUGGGGUGAAUAGAAAGAAGAAAUUGCUUACAUUCCUGUGAUUUUGGAGUAUUAUGCCGUCCAUUUUUAAGUUUACUUAUUUGGUUUCAGAUUAUUUAAUGGUGUGCAUGGUUUUUUUUUAAUUUAUUUUUGUAGGUAGGUGUACAUAUUUUAUUCCAAUUUUUUGUCACCUUUUGAAAAGGAUUAAAUCAAUUUUUUUCCAG